AAAUCAUCUGCGUAAUCGCCAUCUGUUAUGCAUUGCAACAUCUUACAUUGUUUUUGUCCAUGAUUCUGUGUUUCAAUUGGUCCCCACUUUUUCGUUUCAAAUCUCCAGUUCCCAUUUUCAGCUCAUCUUAGCAGCUUUAUUCGAUCGUUAAAAGAAGUAGUAAUAAAGAUACCAAUGGUGAGGGACACUACGUACUAUGAUAUUUUGGGUGUCGAAGUGGAUGCCUCCUCAGCUGAAAUCAAGAAGGCUUAUUACCUCAAGGCAAGAUUAGUUCACCCUGAUAAAAAACCUGUUGAUCCCAAAGCUGCUGAAAGUUUUCAGGCUCUUGGUGAGGCUUAUCAGGUUCUAAGUGAUCCGGAGAAGCGUGGAGCAUAUGACAGGAAUGGAAAGGAAGGAGUACAAACGGAGUCCAUGUUGGACCCUUCAGCUGUUUUUGGGAUGCUUUUUGGAAGUGAAUUCUUUGAAGAUUAUAUUGGACAGCUAGCGUUGGCCAAUCUGUCAUCUGCUGAGUCUGAAGUUGAGUCACAGGAUGUUGAAAUUCGAAAGCUGAAAAUUCAGGAAAAUAUGAAGGCAUUUCAGAAACAAAGGGAAGAAAAGCUCAUCACAUUACUGAAAAAUCACCUUGAACCUUAUGUUGAAGGUCAAACAGAAGAGUUUACUCAAUGGGCAAAUUCAGAGGCAGGACGACUUUCUGCAGCUGCUGCUAAAGAACUUGGAAAGGUCGACAAACGAUAUAUGAAGGUACCAUUUUUAGCAGAAUGGGUACGAGACAAAGGACACCGUAUAAAAUCACAAGUAAUGGCAGCUUCAGGUGCUGUUUCUUUAAUUCAGAUACAGGAGGAUCUGAAGAAGUUGAAUCAAGGAGAAAACAGAGAAGAGAAUUACAUGAAGGCCAUUGAAGAUAAGAUGGGUGCCAUGCUUCAAUCCCUUUGGCAAAUCAAUGUAGUUGAUAUUGAGUCAACACUAUCUCAUGUCUGCCAAGCAGUACUUAGGGACCCUAGUGUAUCCAAGGAUGCUCUUAUUUCACGAGCAAAGGGUUUGAAAAAGCUUGGAACUAUUUUCCAGGGAGCAAAGACUGCUUACAGUAGAGAUUCCAGUCUGCGCAGUGAAAAUGACAAAAAGAUAGAUACCAGUUCAUCAUUGUAGCUGUCUUGAAACCCAAGUGGCUAUCUAUCUACUUCAUUUUUGUUGAUGUUUGCAAUGUCUUUGAAGUGGUGAUCUAAUCUUUGAGGCUUUAUUACUCUUAAUUAUCAACAGUAUUGGCUGAACAAUUUCAUCCCUUAGAUGUGGGAUGUUCUAUGUAUAUACAACUUAUUUGAAGCCUAAAUUAUUUAUUC